AUGAAGCUUUGGAUGCUCAGACUUGGCUUUCUGCCCUUGGUGGCUGCCGACUUCGGCAACUGGUCCCUGGUGCUUUUGGAAGAGGCGGUGCAAACACGUGGUGCAGCGUGCUUGGAUGGUUCACCUGCAGGCUACUGGAUUGAGCAUGGCUGGGGCAGCGGUGCUAAACGUUGGAUCAUCCACUUUCAGGGCGGCGGCUGGUGUAUCAGCUAUGAGGACUGCUUGGCACGUUCGAAGACCAGCUUGGGCAGUAGCCUCAACUUCACCGCAGAGAAGAGCAAAACCUUGGAGUACAGCGAUGGUGGUGUGCACGGAUAUCUCUCCAAUCAACCGGAGGUGAAUCCUGACUUCUACAACUGGAAUAAGGUGUUUGCCCUUUACUGCGAUGGCAGCAGCCGAAACUCCGAAGUCGAAGGGCCUGUGGUGGUGGGACAGAAGGAGGUGCUCUAUUUCCGCGGGCAUCGGAUUCUCAUGGCCACCAUGGAGAGCCUCAUGGAGACCAUGGGCCGCUCGGAGAGCGAUGCAAGAUCGAACUGGAGGGUCUAUGAAGAUAUGCAGUGA